AUGGGGGUAAGGGAUUGUAAUGGUGAUGUUGGGCGGGGGGGUCGAAUAUGUCGGGAACAGGCUAGAUUGGCUGAAAUCGUCGAUCCUUCGAUGGGUUGCCCUAUAAAUGCAGAGCAGUCUUUACAUCACACUUCAAGUCAAGUGAGUCCGGUGUCUUACCAACAAAAAUUCAAAAACAAAAGGAAGCGAAAUGGAAACAGCAAUCAAGUCGGAUGCGAUGACACCGCAGACGGUGGAGAAGCUGCAGCCGAGGGCGUAUGUGACGACGGCGGAAGCGGCGACGAUUCUGUAGUAGUUGUCGGAGAGGGAAGCAGAAGAGGCAACAAAGACCGAGUGAAGGGGCCUUGGUUGCCCGAAGAGGACACAAUAUUGAGCAACCUUGUGAGCAAGUUCGGAGCGAGGAAUUGGAGCUUGAUCGCCCGAGGAAUUUCCGGUCGCUCCGGCAAGUCUUGUCGGCUCAGGUGGUGUAAUCAGCUUGACCCAGCUGUUAAACGCAAGCCAUUUACUGAUGAGGAAGAUCAAAUUAUAAUUGCAGCUCAUGCUAUCCAUGGGAACAAAUGGGCAGUCAUUGCUAGGCUUCUACCAGGGAGGACAGAUAAUGCUAUUAAGAAUCACUGGAAUUCCACUCUAAGGCGUCGGGCUAUGGAACUUGACAGGGUAAAGAAGUUCGAAUCUGGAAAUAUCAUGGAGGAUACAAGCAUCGAUAGGACCAAAGCAUCAUCUGAAGAAACUCUAUCUUACGGUGAUGUAAAUUCAUUUAAAUCCUUGGAGGGAAAAGAUGUAUGUUCUUUGGAAAUUUUGAAUAAUCAUUAUGCAGACAACACCAUAACAGAGGUUUCAUCUAAUCUUGAUCAUGAACUAAAAGAACAACCUACUCUUUUCCGUCCACAGGCACGUGUAAGUGCUUUCAAUGUUUAUAAUACUGUGGAUGGCCCUGAGAUUGUUUCACCACAUCCAAGGCAAACACCAAUGCAAGGACCUCUUGUUCAAGCAUCACUACCAGAUGCUGGGAUCUGCAAAUUGAUUGAAGGAGUGUACAGUGAGCGGAUGGUGCCUCACUUGUGUGGCUAUGGCUGUUGUGGGAUACAAUGUGGUGGAAUUUGUCAAAACUCUUUGUUGGGACCUGAAUUUUUGGAAUUCUCAGAGCCUCCAAGCUUUCCAAGUUACGAAUUGGCUUCCAUAGCCACAGACAUAAGCAACCUUGCUUGGCUGAAAAGUGGAUUGGAGAAUAGCAAUAUGAGAAUGAUGGAUGAUCCAGCCGGUAGGAUAAGAACUAAUGGAUCUCAAUUGCAAAGGGGUGACCAAGAUGUUAGGACAGUAGCUAAUGGGUUUCAAAUGCCAAAGGGUAUAACAAGUGGUAGGAUAGUAUCCAAUGGAUCUCAGGUGCAAAUGGGGCAUUUUGAAGACAGAAAAAACAAGUUAAAAGACACUAAUGUUCCAUAAAAAUAUAUUGGUAGGCAUUAGGCAACCCUUUAAAUUUUGACCCUAAUUUGGGGCCAUUAGUUGAGGACGAUGAAUGUAUUUCAGUCUUUAACUGAAAUUACUAGAAGCUGAAGUAUUGUUGAGAAAAAGAUUUGCAAGUUUUAGAGUCACUGACACUGUGUGAUAGCCAUUGUGUGAUUAAGAAUGACCUAAACAUGCCUAUCAAAGACCUGUUACUGCUAUUUAGAAGUCACUGAUACUAGAACGAUGAUGAAGGUUUGAAGUAGAGGCUUUGGAAUAGCUUUUAGUUUGCUUGGGU